GUUCUAGAGCGGAUCCAUCACAGCACCCACUUAGGUUCCCGGCGAAUGUUGGACUUACUGAGACAGACUGGACUAAAAAUCAGAAAUGUCUCCGAUAAGGUCAAUCAAGUAGUCACUAAAUGUACAGUGUGCCAACUCAACAAUGCGAAUAGCAAUCCUCAGGCAACAGGGGUAAGACAAAGAGGGAGCAGACCGGGGACCUACUGGGAAGUAGAUUUCACUGAGGUAAAACCAGGAAAAUAUGGAUAUAAGUAUUUGCUAGUUUUUGUAGAUACAUUUUCAGGAUGGACUGAAGCCUUUCCAACCAAGAAUGAAACGGCGCAGAUUGUAGCCAAAAAGAUCCUGGAAGAAAUCCUGCCCAGGUAUGGUUUUCCAGUAAGGAUAGGGUCAGACAAUGGACCUGCAUUCGUCUCUAAGGUAAGUCAGGAACUGGCUGCCAUACUUGGGGCUGAUUGGAAAUUACAUUGUGCAUACCGACCCCAAAGCUCAGGACAGGCAGAGAGAAUGAACAGAGCAUUAAAGGAGACCCUAACCAAAUUGACCAUGGAGACUGGCGCUGAUUGGGUGGUCCUUCUCCUCUACGCUCUGUUCAGGGUGCGUAAUUCCCCAUACAAACUGGGACUCACACCCUAUGAAAUAAUGCAUGGUAGACCACCCCCUAUCAUCCCUAAUCUAAAAGAUAACCUUGUCAAAGCUGAGAACGAUAAUAGUCUUGAAUUCUUGGUCUCCCUACAAGCCUUGCAGAGGGUCCAUGAAGAUGUAUGGCCCAAAUUAAGGGAACUCUAUGAGACUGGAUCCCCGCCUAUUCCAUAUCAAUUCCAGCCAGGGGAUUGGGUCCUCGUCAAAUGUCAUCAGCAGGAAAAUCUGGAACCCAGGUGGAAAGGACCCUUCCAGGUCAUCCUGACAACACCUAUGGCCAUCAAAGUAGACGGAAUCGCCACCUGGAUUCAUUGCACCCACGCCAAGCCUGUAGACCCAUUCUCAGACCUCAUCGGACCUCCAGCGAAAGGAACAACCUGGACAAUCGACCGGAGUAAGGACGAUCCCCUAAAAAUCACCCUGUGCCGCAAACCACCCAAGCCAUAGCCAUGAUAAUCAUUCUGUUCUUUGUAACCUCUUUUAUUUUACAAACCCCCUUUGUGAGCGGAGGCCUCGAACCUCCAGCUAAGGAGGCAAUACUACAUAACUUAUAUGGAAAACCAUGUGAAUGUAGAGGGGGAAAGUCUGAAUCCCCAGUAGUACCCGAGCGGUACACCUACACACAGGAUUGUGGAGAAACAACCGCCUAUUUAGUUCAGAAUUAUGGAGCAGUGGGGGGCUCUCAAUCAUGGAAAUGUGUUCCUAAACCUAAAACUCUCCCCCCUAGCUCUAGAUGCCCCUGUAGCACUUACCAAGACUCCAUGCACAGUACUUGCUAUACUGCUGUCCAGCAGUGUAUAGGACAGGAUAACGAAACCUACUUCACCGCAGUAUUGCAGCGUGCCAGGACUGCCGCGGUAACGGGAGAAAAUAAAUAUAUGCAGGCAGGGUGCCGGGGCACAGUAGGAACUCAUGUGUGCUGGAAUACCAAAGCCCCGGUACACGUUUCAGACGGGGGUGGGCCCCAAGAUACGGUCCGACAAAUUGAAACCCGGAAGAAACUUGAAAAAAAUAUUUCAGGGGAUGUAUCCCCAACUUAAUUACCACCCACUAAUUCUGCCUGAAAAUAGCCAUUCCGACCUGGACCCUCAGACUAUGAAUAUAACUAAGGCUACCUUUGCGCUCCUAAAUGCCUCCAACCCCGCUCUAGCCCAGGACUGCUGGCUAUGUCUCCCUCAGGGGCAGUCCAGACCUGUAGCAAUCCCUACCACCCUAAGCCUCGAUAGCACUGAUGACUGUCAUCCCUUUAACCCCGUCGACCCCUUCCCCGUGCAAUCUCCCAUUGUAUUCAAUAUCUCAUGUCUUGUUAAAAAUCACACAGACGCUAACGACAGUAUUGAUUUAGGGGAAGUCUUUCGCUAACUGUACCAACUAUACAGUAAUCAACUCCUCACUACAUAGCUCCAACACCACUGUAUUUAUAUGUGGGGGCAAUCUCGCUCACACUUACUUACCCCAAAUUGGACAGGAAUCUGCGUCCCAGCAACCCUCCUUCCGGAUGUAGACCUGGUUCCAGGGGAUUCCCCGAUGCCUAUACCUAGCUUAGACUAUCUACCAUGGAGAGCCAAGAGAGCAGUGGCAGUCAUCCCCCUAUUAGUAGGGUUAGGAAUAACGGGAGCUGUAACAGCUGGAUCGGCGGGCUUAGGUGUAUCUGUCCACACAUACCAUCAACUUCCGCGACAGCUAAUAGAAGAUGUACAGGCCCUGUCCGGAACCGUCCGAGACUUACAGGAUCAGCUUGAUUCCCUAGCCGAGGUAGUAUUACAGAAUAGAAGGGGACUAGACCUGUUAACUGCAGAGCAAGGUGGGAUAUGUUUAGCCCUCCAAGAAAAAUAUUGCUUUUAUGCUAACAAGUCAAGAAUAGAACAAAAAUCAAACAACUCCAAGAAGAUUUAGCCCGCCGUCGGAAAGAAUUAGCUGACAACCCUUUAUGGUUCGGACUCAACGGCUUCCUCCCAUACCUCCUCCCCCUCUUAAGGCCAUUGCUAAGCUUGCUACUUCUCCUCACAAUAGGGCCAUGUAUCAUAAACAAAAUGUUAGCUUUUAUCAAAGAAAGAGUCAAUACUAUUCAACUGAUGGUCCUCAGAACCCAAUACCAACCUAUCAUUAAUGAAACAUUUGAGUCAAACACAUAAGAUCCAAGAUUGGCUCUUAAGGCACCAAAGAAAGGGGGGAAUGAGAGACUAAGAAAAAUUACCAGGUGUACCCACAACCGCAAAGAAAAGACGACCCCCCACCCCCCACCCCCACCCCGCCAUUCCCGGAACCAGCCAGUGCGUGCCCGGUUGUGGUUUCACCUAAAGGCGGGAAUCAAUCAAGUUUUGCUGAGUGUUCAAAUUUCAAUAUCAACCAAUAACAGCUCUGUAACCGUGGAAGAUCCCUAACUUCCCCAUAACUUGUUUGUGCCUGUCUAUAAAAAGGCUGUAAAAACCUCACUCGGGGCCUCUUAGCAUCACUGACAACGAGUGCGCGGAGGUCCGGGUUCGAACCUGCAAUAAACGGCCCUUGCCGCUUGGCUUUGA